AUGACUAUCCAGCAAAGUAUUAUUAAAAUUAUUGCUACUACUGACUAUUUUCAAUUAUUCAUCUUCAUCACCGUUAUCUAUAUAUUUAACUUUUAUUACAAACAUUUUACUCGUCCCAAUCCACUUCCUGGUCCAUUACCUUUACCAAUCAUUGGAAACUAUCAUAGUCUUGGCAGUGAUGUAAGAGAAUUCUAUAUACAAUGUCUACCAAAAUAUGGGGAUAUUAGUGAAGCGAUGCUUGGUCAUAGAUACAUUGUUCUUUCGCGUCCAGAAUAUAUUGAUAAAAUUCUUGAUCGUAAAGCAUUUCACGCGAAGCUUCCAUAUUCGCCAGGUAUGGAUGAAAUGGGAAUGUACGGACAUGGAAUCGUUUUCAAUAAUGAUUAUGAAAGUUGGAAAUCUAAUAGAAAGUUCUUUACGGAUACAUUUGUACCACGGGAAUAUAUGGACAACGUCGUAAAGUCUACAAUUAAGCUGUUUGAAGAAUUGAGCAGUUAUUGGCAGUCACUUGGAAAUCAAAAUACUUCAAAUCAUAAUUGCGAUACUUGGACACUAGAAACAGAUUUUUCUAAAUGGUUCCACAGAUUUACAAAUGAUAUUAUUUCAAUAUUAAUCACUGGAGAACAUAC